ACCAAUUUCAUUAAUAAUCUCACCAUAAUCAAUGGAUGAAAUCGUCCUUUCUUCUUUCCUCUCUGUCAUCUUUGAAAAGUUGGCCUCUGCAGCUUUGGAAACACUUGCUCCAUACUUUAAAACCGAUUAUGAUAUAGAGAAACUGAAGAGGUCAUCACUCCAAAUCCAAAGUCUGCUCGCUGAUGCUUCUCAGAAGGAGACAACCAAUCAGUUUGUGAAACGAUGGCUCAAUGAUCUCCGACAUUUAGCUUACGAUGUAGAAGAUGUACUCGACGAGUUAGCAACUGAUGCUAUCCAUCGUGAGUGGACUGACCAAUCAGAAACCCACACCAGCAAGGUAAGAAAGUUGUUCCCAAAUCCUUUCUCAAAGCAUUCAUCAUAUAGUAGGACCAUGAAGGACAAGAUAGAUGUUAUUACCACCAAGUUACAACAGCUACUAGAGGAGAAAGAUGCUCUUGGCUUAGUUGUCAUAGAGGAAAGGAGGUCAACAAAUGUAAAUAGAAGAUUACAAACCUCUAUGGUCCAUGAAUCUAGUAUUUUUGGUCGGCGAGUAGAGAAAGAGGCACUGGUCCACAAGUUGCUGCGGGAUGAACCGUGUGGUCAAAACUUUAGCAUAGUUCCCAUAGUUGGUAUGGGUGGGGUGGGAAAAACUACCCUAGCUAGACUUGUGUAUGACGAACCAAAAGUAACGGAACACUUCAAACUCAAGGCAUGGGUUUGUGUUUCGGAUGAGUUUGAUAGCUUUGGUAUUAGCAAAGUUAUCUUUCAAUCUGUGACAGGGAAAACCACGGAAUUUAAAGAUUUAAAUCUGCUUCAAGUAGCUCUUAGAGAUCACAUAAAGGAGAAGAGAUUAUUAUUGGUGUUAGAUGAUGUAUGGAGUGAAAGUUGUCAAGAUUGGGAUACACUAGUUGGACCGUUUUAUGCAUGUGCUCCUGGAAGUAAAAUCAUCAUGACAACACGGAAGGAUCAGUUGCUUAAAAAGUUGGGUUACGGUAAUCUAAGCCGGUUGCGAACCUUGUCACAUGACGAUGCUCUUUCUUUACUUGCUCUACACGCAUUGGGUGUAUCUAAUUUUGAUUCACAUUUGUCACUCAAACCACAUGGUGUAGGUAUUGUGAAAAAAUGUGAUGGAUUGCCUUUGGCUUUGAAAGCAGUUGGGAGAUUAUUGAGCACAAGAAUAGAUGAAGAAGGGUAUUGGAAGAAAGUAUUAGAUAGUGAGAUAUGGAGGUUAUCCGUUGAAGGUGAAACCGUCCCAGCUCUUAUACUUAGCUACCAUGAUCUUUCUGCACAUUUGAAGCAGCUGUUUGCUUAUUGUUCCUUGUUCCCUAAGGACUGCUUGUUUGACAAGGAGAACGUAGUUCGAUUAUGGAUGGCAGAAGGGUUUUUGCAGCAGUCAACUCCAAGCGAUUCAAAUAAAGAAUGUUUGGGUCAUGAAUACUUUGAUGAGUUAUUGUCAAGGUCAUUUUUUCAACAUGCACCUAAUAACGAAUCAUUGUUUGUGAUGCAUGACCUUAUGAAUGACUUGGCGAAAUCUGUUGCUGGCGAGUUUUUCUUGAGAUUGGAGAAUAUUAAUAUGGAAGAAGCUUUGGAAAAGUACCGCCAUAUGUCAUUUGUUUGUGAGGGAUAUGUAGCUUACAAGAAGUUUGAAGCGUUUAAAAGAGCUAAGAGUUUGAGAACUUUCAUGGCGGUGUCUGCUAGGGUUGUGGGGCAACGUUAUUUCUACUUAUCAAAUAAGAUUUUGGUUGACUUACUUCCUGAAUUACCAUUGUUAAGGGUUCUAUGCUUGAGUGGCUCUCAAAUAAGUGAAGUACCCGAGUCAGUUGGUAAUUUGAGGCACUUGAGGUAUCUUAAUCUAUCUAGAACUAGAAUCACACAAUUACCUGAAAAUGUUAGCAAUCUCUAUAAUUUAGAGAUGUUGAUAUUAUUCGGUUGUCGUAGUUUAGCAAAGUUGACCAACAACUUCUUAAAACUUAAGAACUUGCGGCAUCUUGACAUCAGGGAUACCCCAAAUUUGCAUCAGUUGCCUUUGGGGAUUGGUGAGUUGAAAUGCCUACAAACUCUCUCCAAGUUCAUUAUCAGAGGUGAAAGUGGUUUCGAAAUAACCAAACUUAAGGACUUAAAGAAUCUAUGUGGGGAAUUUUCCAUUGAGGGUUUGGACAAAGUGCAUAAUGCAAUGGAAGCACGGGAUGCGAACUUUUCACAAAAGAGGCUUAAUGAGUUUACGGUUGUAUGGAGUGCAGCCUCAGCAAACGUAAUGCUUGCAAAGGAGGUGCUUAAUGAGCUGAGGCCUAGUAACGAUCAUCUAAAACAACUCAACAUUGUGUUAUAUGGUGGAUUAGAGUUUCCAAAUUGGGUUGGCGAUCCCUCGUUUCAACGACUAAAGCAUGUGUCAAUACGUAACUGUAAAAAAUGUACAUCUCUACCACCUCUUGGGCAGCUACCAUCACUUAAGAAGUUAUUUAUUGAAGGUCUGGAUGGGGUGAAAGUUGUGGGUUUGGAGUUACUUGGGACUGGUAGUGCAUUUCUUUCACUUGAAAUUCUACAUUUAAAAAAUAUGGGAGGGUGGGAGAAAUGGUCAACCAAUAGUGGGGUUGUGUUUCCACUCCUGCAAGAGCUUCAUAUAGAAGAUUGUCCUAAUUUGGUUGAAGUCUCGGUUGAAGCACUGCCUUUAUUGAAUGUUCUGAAAAUACAUAGAUGUGAUAGUGGUGUUGUGAGAAGGCUGGUUGAAAUAACUUCAGUAGUUACAGAGUUCCAAAUAGAAGUGAAAAACUCAAGUCACUUAGGAUUAAAGGCUGUGAAAAACUAUUGGAAAGGGAGUGGGGAAGACAAAAGUUGCUUGAAUAUGUAGUGAUAACUGGUUGGCGAAAUCAGAAAUCAAUCAUUGAACUGAAGUACUUGGUUCACCUCACCACAUUGUGUAUAGAAGAUUGUGAAAAUCUGGAGUCAUUUCCUGAUAAUGAGUUGCCCAAUUUAACCUCAUUGAAGAGAUUGGAAAUAACAGAAUGUCGGAGUAUGGAUGCUUGUUUUCCUCGUGGGAUUUGGCCUCCUAACUUGUGUUCCCUAAGGAUAGGGAAGUUGAAGAAGCCCAUCCUAGAGUGGGGCCCACAGAAUUUUCCAAUUUCACUUGUGGAACUAUCCUUAUACGGCGGUGAGGAUGGAGUGAGUAGUUGUAGUGAGCUUUCUCUUCUUCUUCCUUCAUCUCUUACUUCUCUUCAAAUAAGUGGAUUUGAGAAAUUGGAAUCAGUUUCAAUGGGACUUCAACACCUCACUUCCCUCCAACAUCUGAACUUUUGGAACUGCCCUAAUUUGAAAAAAGUAUCUGAUCUCCAACACCUCACCUCCCUCCAAGAUCUCUCUUUUAUAAAUUGCCCUAGUCUGAAGGAAUUGUCCCAUCCCCAACCCCACACCUCCCUCCAACAACUCUCUUUUGACAGAUGCCCAAACAUGAUGGAUCUACCAGAAAUGAUAUUGCCUUCACUUUUCAGAUUAGAAAUCGGGGGUAAUUGCCCAAAACUGAAAGAAAGAUGGAGUAAAAGUGGCAGUCACUGGCCCCUCAUCUCCCACAUCCCCUGUAUCUACAUAUGGUGAUCAUGAAGUCAAUAGAAGACAUAUCAAACAGCUUCAUAUCCUGUUCACUAUGAAUGUCAUAAUUGCUUAACAUGAGUUAUUCAUGAGUCAAGCAAGCAGAGUACUUAUAGCUGCAAGCAAACGUUUCUUCAACUUUUGACGCCUCAGGUGGUGGUUGUCUUUGAUCAUAGCUUCUCUCUUUCAGCAACAUGUGACUUAAUGACAAGCUGUGCUGCUGCCUAAAGUUAACUUGACACCUGUACACAGAAUUUGAAUCUCAUUAAUUAAUUCUCAGUUUUUUUUUCCUUUUAUAAUCUGUAGUUGAUGAUCGA